AUGUCUUCCCACAAUCCAUCUUCUCUUCGCGGAAAGGUUGCCAUUGUCACGGGCGGCUCCCGGGGCAUCGGGGCCGCCAUUGCCGUCGAGCUCGCCAAGAGAGGCGCGAAUGUCACCAUCACGUACGUCUCUGAGACGAGCGAGAGCUUGGCCGCCGAGGUGGUCCAGCGGAUCGAAAACAUGGACAACGAGGCGCGCGCCACGGCGAUACGGGCCGACGUAUCCUCGGUCGAGCAGUGCAAGAAGGUCGUUGAAGCCACGAUCGCGUUGUACGGGGAGCACGUCGACAUCCUCGUCAACAACGCCGGCAUCACCUCCAAGCUCUCCGUUCCCGACAUCACCCCCGCCGACUUCGAGCAGGCCAUCAACACCAACCUCCGCGGGCCCUUGUUCAUGGCGCAGGCCGUCAUCCCCCACCUCCGCCGCCCGGGCCGCAUCAUCAACAUCACCUCCGUCGCCGCCCGCGGCGGCUACGCCUCGGCCAGCCUCUAUCUCGCCUCCAAGGCCGGCCUCGAGGGCCUAACGCGCGCCCUGGCCGCCGAGCUGGGCCCCGCCGGCCACACCGUCAACGCCGUCGAGCCCGGCGUCACUGAGACGGACAUGGCCCGGGACUCGGGGGCCUCCGACGCCCACGGGCAGUACGUCAAGAUGAUUGUCUCGAUGACGCCGCUCGAGAACAGGAUGGGGAAGCCGGAGGACGUUGCUUCGGUUGUUGCGAUGCUGGCGGAGCCGCAAGCCAGCUGGGUUACCGGACAGACCAUCUCGGCUUCGGGCGGCUUCACCAUGCUCUGA